AGCAGGAGGCCCUCUCACCGCCUACAUAGAGCAGAGGGGGAGUAGAGCAGAGCAGCAGGCCCUCCCACCGCCUAUAAAGGACAGCCAUACGGAGACACUCAGACAGAAAUCAGACGUGUAUCUGUGUAGAGGCAGAGGGAGGCUAACAUCACACUGAGGGGAACUCAGAGGAAACAGACGCUCACAAUAUAACAGCCAGCCAGGAGUGAAGGAGGGGUCCACCGUGAGAGAGACAGACAGACAGAGAAAGAGAGAGAGGUGAGAGAGUGAGACAGAGAAAGAGAGAGAAAGAGGAAGAGAGAAGGGGAGAGAGAGAGAGAGAGAGAGAGAGGAGAGAGAGGUGAGAGAGAUAGGUGAGAGAUAGGUGAGAGAAGCCGAGAAAGAGAGAGAUAUCAAAGAGUGAUUUAAUCUGAGUGUCUUGAUCUCUUUUGUCCUCAUGUCCAAGGAUUAAGUAGAGGAUCUACAGUACUGGGGGGAUCUGGUCUUUCAGUCUCCCACCUGUCUUGUAGAUCUGGACUGAUGUCUUUUACGAUGGUGCAUACGGCUCCCCCAAGCCGCUUCCUCUUCUCCGACAUCAGCAUGAUGUCAGAGGACGAGGAGGAGGAGAACGGCGGCAGCGAGAGCUCGGGCUCCGACUCCCAGAAGUCCUCCUUCCGUCUCCACGGCGGCUCCAAUGGAUUUCAGAUCAAGGUGGGAAGCAGGAAGAGGAAGUUAUGCGGAGUUGCCGGCAGGCUGGCGGGGCCCCCGAUGGUGGCAGGGGCCCCGGUGGUGGAGGUGCGGCAGCGGAACGUGGCAAACGCUCGAGAGAGGGACCGCACCAACAGCGUGAACACGGCCUUCACUGCUCUGAGGACCCUCAUCCCCACCGAGCCAGCCGACAGGAAGCUGUCCAAGAUCGAGACUCUGCGGCUGGCAUCCAGCUACAUCUCCCACCUGGGUAAUGUGCUGCUGGUGGGCGAGGCGUGUGGGGAUGGGCAGCCGUGCCACACCUCCACACCCCCAUUCCACCACCACACCCUCCACAGUCUCAGCCCCUCGCCCGGCCGGGGCUCAGAGAACCAGCCCAAACACAUCUGUACUUUCUGCCUCAGCAAGCAGAGGAAAAUGAACAAAGACAGAGACAGAAAAACAACUGUAAGAAGAUAACGCCUGAAGGACAGAAACAUCCAGAGGAUAAAUAUCCAACGCUUUUGUGAAGGAUCAGUUCAAUUAGCCUAUUCUUCAAAUGAAAGUUGUAUUUACAGUUGUGUACUUAAUAAGAAUACAA